UGGAGUGGAGCAGCCUCAGAGGUGCGUGACACCCUCCAGCACAGCCAGGGGCACAGCUUCGGUGAUGCUCUCCAACUAUUUACUACUAUAAGCCACCCUUUGGGUGUCUGAACUGCUUUUUCCACAACAAUCGUUUUGCUGUUGUUAUUAAAGGAAAGAAAAAAGUACAGAGUGGCAUAUUGUUUUUACGCAUGGAGGUUGGAAUCAGCCUUUUCCCGAUUACGCAUGGCUGUAUCUCAUCUCCUUGGAAGAUGCUUCCGAGUUUGUGAGAGCGCGCCAGGGCGUCAAGCAGGGCGGAAUAAGUGAGCAAUGAUGCGGGGCACUGAGCUGCUGCUCGGUUACUUUCUGGUGAAAGUUAUGGUGUGCGAUGCGGAGGGCGAGCCCGGUCAAACUAUCGAUGACUAUAUUAUACCCGGAUUUAACGACUCAAUGGAGGCUGAGAUUGGAGUCACGGAGACCCCACACGUGGAGGACAAGUGCCGUGGCUACUACGACGUGAUGGGCCAGUGGGAUCCGCCGUUCGUGUGCAGGACGGGCAGCUACCUGUACUGCUGCGGCACCUGUGGCUUCAGGUUCUGCUGCGCGUUUAAAAGCUCCCGACUGGACCAGACCACCUGUAAGAACUACGACACCCCACCGUGGAUGAUGACAGGGCGACCUCCGCCAAAAGUGGACGUGGCGCUCGAGUCCGCGAAGGAUAAAACCAACCUCAUUGUUUAUGUCAUAUGCGGGGUCGUGGCCAUUAUGGCACUGAUAGGGAUUUUCACCAAGCUUGGUUUGGAAAAGACGCAGCGUCCACACAGAGAAAACAUGUCAAGAGCUCUUGCACAUGUGAUCCGCCAUCCUGCCUCAGAACAUACAGACGACGCUGGACUCGGUCAGCACUAUGAGAACAUACAAACCAGACUCACAGCUAACAGUUUCCAGAGCAACCAGAUGAACAAUGCAGCUCACGUACCAACUCUGGUAAGUCAGCCAUAUCCAGGUGUGGGACCGAUAAUCAGCCCAUAUGAGGACCCAAAGGAUCUCAACAAGUACACCACACUCAAGGCUGUGGCGGAGAAAGCUAAUGACAGCUUUCACAACAACCGUCGACAAGUGAUUGAGAUGACAGCCAAAGGUAGCCUUCCAAUGGAAGGUGUGGAUAUGGAUCCAGAGCCGAGCAAUCCUUACAGCCCUCCCAGACAGCUGUCAAAGCAGAAUGGACACAAGUAUAAAAGCUCCAAGAGCCACAGCUCCCAGUCACUGUACUACAGCGGCAGCAGUGCUCCCAGUCCAGGCGUGCUAAGAUCCUGGGAAAGCAAGGACACACUGGGACUCCGACAAAGCUAUGGCCCAAAGAAACUCUGCAUCACAGAAAAGGAGCUGGACACCAUUCGCUACAUGCCUCCACAACCAUACUAUGUCACUAACAGCAAGACAGAAGUGACAGUAUGAACGACUGCCUAAUCGUCAGGCUUAUAAUGAGUCUGCAGACUCCAGAUGUAGUUACAGGAAAGCAGUGUGAACUGUAGUAUGUGGCUCUGUCUUUGUAAUGGACAACAUUUAUGACACUGUCAGGAGGUGAAGUGUACUUUAACAGGACUCUGUAUCUAACACCGUGCCUCAGAUGGGCACUGUAAUGAAUAUUUCGUGUUUAAUAUUCAUAUAAUCAAACUGCUAAAGUUACAUAACUUAUAGUACAGUGAUGAGAUGUGACACAUUAAGUACUAUCACCAGUAUCUACUGAAAGGACCUUAAAAUAAAAGCGUAUUAUGUAACUUCUAUUAAGAAAAAAAACAAAAAAAAGAAGUUUAUGUUUAUCUAAUCAGAGUGGAAUAGCCUGUGGUUGGUGGGAUCUUUAUGAAAUGCUUCACUAGAUAAUGAAUAGUGUUUAAAAAUGUUGGGAACUGUUCAUGUGUUAAGAAUACGGAUUAAUAUCCAGUAGCAGUUGGACCAAUUGCAGGGACCAGGGUUUGUGUUUUCAAUCUAUACUAAUCUGUACCAUACUCUGAAUAUGAGAUAAUCUAAAACCUCACAUGAAGUCCAUUUAAGGACUUAUUCACACAGGCACAGAAACCCUGGCAGCUGGAGGGUGCCAGAGAAAACUGUGUAUUCCCCAACCAGCUGUUGACCGGUGAAAUUGGUCACAAAAAAGGAUGCUGCUCUGGACACCUCUCUGCGAAUGCUUUGACCUCUAGCCGAUUGUUGCAGUUGCCUGUAUUUUGCUUGAAAUACACCGACUUGUCUGGAAACGAUUACUAUACUUUGAGCUGUAAUGAAAUUUGAAAAUGUCUGAAACUGGAAACGGAUGAUAAUAACCUUCAAAGUUGUACCUUAUUGCUGCAAAAAAAGGUGUUUCAAGAGGCGCAACUUUUACUUUAAAUGCGAAGGGUCUCCAUUUCAAAUUUGCAUUGCUCUUUUCACAGUUUCACAGACAAGCCGGCAUCUUCCGUGCAAACUACAGGUUUUUAGUGCCAAAUCAAAAACCUCUUUGUUGGAAAUUCUACACUCGCAACAGCUAGCAACCUCUAGCAGCUUCAUUUCCUCAUCGCAAAAUACAAACUUUUCCCUAGUAGCCAGGUGAUCACUGUCUGAUCUCAAGGCUUACAUGAAAGAGGCUUUUGCAAUUAAUUUUAUAGUGACUGCCAGCAACCGCUCACCAACCAGCUGGAGAACUUUUUUCCUAGCAAACGGUGGGAGCCCUUUGGGACUGGGGCAAGAUAAUAGCUGUACUUAUUUAAAAGGAAAAACAAUCAAAAACAAGAGCACUCAGAGAGCGUAACUCCAGCUUGAUCUGAUUUUCACCAAAAUUAAAUUAGCUUGGGCUAUUAUUGGUAUCUGCUAUCAAACACCAUUUGAACAUGAUAUCUUGAAAAUUGUGGAUGCCAGACUGCCAAACAUACCUUACAUACUCCAUCCCUUCACGGGGAGAAUCAAUCUGUUUCCAAAAUCCCUUCCAUUUUCAAAAGCUGUGUUUGUUGAUAAAGCAUAGAUGAAUCAGUUUGUAAAAGUGUUGAUGUUUACUUAAAUGACUUAAGACUCAUUUAAAUUUGACGUAGUUUCCCUUUUUAAAGUUGUGGUUGUCUUACUUUGAAAGAAAACCAUGUCAGUACUGACGUACAACUUGGAGAAACAUUCAGUAGCUGUGGCGUAAUCAAACCAGUGUUGUCAUGGUGUAAUAGACCCUCAUGCAGUAUCAGUAUGUGUGAUUAUCCUAGAAAUUCUUGUAUGUGAAAACCCAGCAUUAGAGCGGAAACUGGUUUUAUUCUUAGUAAUGUAUUAUGCUCCCAACAAAAGUAAUUUAAAUGUUUGCAUUAUAGUUAAACCUUUUGGGUUUUUUUUUUACAUGUUAUUUUUGUGACUUAAAUCCCAAUUUUGACAUUUAAAGAAUGUACGUGGUAUGGAUAGUCUGAAUACAAGUGAUAUUAGUUGACUGUUAGAGGCCAACAAUAAAUCAGAAUGAAUGUAAAAUUCUUGUGAAGCAAUGUAAGUGGGUGUUCAAAGGUGUUUUUGAACUACAAUGAAAUAUUCCAAGUCAGGUCUGAAUCAAUAGGAACAUUUUUGCCAUACACUGAAUUUUUUUUUCUUUACCGUACAUGGCAAAAGGUUUUUAAUAAACAGGGUUUUAGGUGCCGUUGAUCAUUUGUUACACUGAUUUCACAGCCAAGCAAUACAAAAGGACAUUCACGCCUGCCUCCAUGCAAGUCUUACUCAUGCAUUUGACUAUUUGAGGUAGCUGAGGACAGGGAUGUUCUCAGAGCUGCCACACAAGUGGGAAGUGGGAACUGCUAGUGUAAAGAUAUAUUUAUGUCUUCUCGAGUCCACAUCUUACCAAACAAAAAAUAUAACAAGGCCAGAAAUUAUGCAUAUUGUUGUGUUUUGGUAGUUGUUCGUAUUGUCACACACUUCCAAUCAAACUUUAUGCACUAUUUUCCAAUACGCAUAUCUAGUGGGCUGAACUAGCUUAUCAUGUCACCUAAUUAAUCAGCUGUGUCAGCAAUCACCUGAUCCGAUAAUCACAGUAUUCAAAGGUCAGUUGAGAUUUUUAAUCAAUACUGAGUAGUCACAAUCUUUGACUAUUCUUGUUUUGUGAAUGUUUUAUUACCUCGUCAAUACUGUUUAAAUCACUUACUGUAUAUUUAACUACAGCACACCACAUUUAACCAUGAAGCUCUACUGUUAUACUGCCAGUUAAAGCAUAAUGUGACCAAUACACAUCUGGACUGCAACAUUGGUAAAGAUUAAAAGAACGCUCCUAUGAACAGUGUUGUUCACAAUGAUAACUGCAAUUUGUUUGAUCGCUGUUUUUUCAUUAUCAUAAGAUGCAUUUGAGUACCUAUUUUAUCUGUCUUUUAUCUGUCAUGUGUUAUGUACAAUACAGGGUUACUUUGUUUUUAAAAAAUUAACUUUUUCUUGAAGUGGUUAACAUGUACUGGGAAGUUUCUGAGCAACUCACUGAAUGUUUUCCAUAUGUUAUUUUUGUGUUGUGAACUGCAGUUCCCAUGUUGUUGGUGCCCUGCAAAACCUUGAAUCCAGUAAUGUUUCACUGUGGCUCAAGGUUCAUGACAGUGUCCUUUUAUCUGCAACUGCUCUAAUGUUCAUACAAGAUUUCUACAAGACAGCACAGGCACACAUGUACAAUAAUCACCUGUAGUUAGGCCUAAGUCACACACGCCUGGAGACCUGUCAGUGACCAACUGACAACCUGCUGUUACUGAAGGAAAGUUUUUAUUCCCCGACCAUUUGGUGAGUGGUUGUUGGUCACUAGGUGAAAUUGGUUACAAAGACUGCCUAGUCUGCAAAUAUUUGCCAACUACUCAACAAACUGUAUGAAAGUUGAAAAAGUGCACAGCAAAUUGGAAACUGAGUACUUUGCCUUCAAAGUAAAAGUUGUACCGGUUUUAGCCAAUAGUCACAACUUUUACUUUGAAAGUGAACAAUUGGCAGACAUUUGUAGAUAAGUUGACAUCUUCCUCCCACACUAUGAGUGACCGCGGCAAACUGCUAGCAACCAAAAGCGACUGUCAACGACCUCCAGUGAGCGCUAUCCUUCCUAUCAAUGGAAGGUUGCCAGAGGGUCAUUGACUGGACUCUAGGCCUGUUUGACAGGGGCUUUAAUAGACUUCACUAACAUUCCAGGAACAAAUGUAAUAAAAUUUACACAUUAAACAUUUUAUAACUUGUU